UCUACUACAUACAAGGGAUGGAGAUAAGCGCAGUUUUUUGUAUUCUUGGAGUAGCAGCAAUCUUUUUAUGGACAAUAUCGAACUGGUUGUGGUUCAAACCAAAGAAGAUAGAAAAGUUUCUAAGAGACCAAGGCCUCAAGGGUAGCUCUUAUAAGUUCCUUUUAGGAGAUCUGAAGGAAAUGGUGCAGAUGUCAACUGAGGCCAAAUCCAAACCCAUGAAUCUAACUCACGAUAUUGCUCCUCGUGUGUCGCCCUUCAUCCAUAAGUCCAUUUCUGCUUAUGGUAAGAGUUGUUUUACUUGGAUGGGAACAAAACCUUUGGUGCACAUAUCUGAACCGACUAUGAUACGAGAGGUCUUUGCUAACUAUCAGCAAUUUCAAAAGCCAAUCGAAGGAAACCCAUUAACAAAGUUGCUAGUCAGAGGAUUAAUCUUGGCCGAAGCUGAUCAAUGGACUAAACAUAGAAAAAUCAUCAAUCCUGCAUUCCACGCUGAGAAGCUUAAGCAUAUGGUACCCGCAUUUUAUGUGAGCUGCAGUGAGAUGAUCGACAAAUGGGAGGAAAUGAUAACAAAAGGAAGUUCGUGUGAAAUGGAUGUGUGGCCUCAUCUACAUACGUUUUCAAGUGAUGUAAUUUCACGUACAGCAUUUGGUAGCAAUUUUAAGGAAGGAAGAAAGAUUUUUGAACUUCAAAACGAACAAGCGGAGCUGUUUAUAAAGGCUGCACAGUCACUUUACAUUCCUGGAUCAAGAUUUUUGCCGACAAAAGACAACAAGAGGAUGAAAGAGAUUCACCGUGAGGUGACAGCUUCGAUAAAGAACAUUAUUGAUAAACGAUUUGACCCAAUGAAAGCUGGAGAAAAUAGCAAACAUGACCUUCUGGGCAUCCUUUUGGAGUCAAAUUAUAAAGAAAUUAAACAACACGGGAAUAGCAAUUUCGGAUUAAGCAUUGAGGAAGUAAUAGAAGAAUGUAAGCUUUUCUACUUUGCAGGACAAGAGACCACUGGAAAUAUGCUUGUUUGGACUAUGAUUUUAUUGGGUCAACACACGGAUUGGCAGAUACGUGCAAGAGAAGAAGUUUUCAAUGUCUUUCCAGAUAAAAAACCAGACAUUGAUGGGUUGAGUCACCUAAAAGUUAUCAAUAUGAUUUUCAAUGAAGUUCUUAGGUUAUAUCCUCCUGCAGCAGCCGUAAGACGGGUGACACAUGAUGAAACCAAAUUAGGUAAGUUCACUUUACCAGCAGGAACCCUUGUCCAAAUUAACGCAUUGUUUUUGCACCAUGACAAAGAUAUGUGGGGUAAAGAUGUGAACGAGUUUAAGCCUGAAAGAUUUUCUGAAGGCGUGUUAAAGGUGACCAAGGGAAAAGGCUCGUAUCUCCCAUUUGGAGGUGGCCCUCGUAUAUGCAUUGGCCAAAAUUUUGCUAUGCUAGAAGCUAAAAUGGCACUUGCAAUGAUUCUUCAAAGCUUCUCAUUUGAGCUAUCUCCAUCAUACUCACAUGCUCCUCAUACUAUAAUCACUCUACAACCUCAGUUUGGUGCUCACUUGACUUUACACAAACUGUAGCUAGGUAGUUUGGUGCAUAUUUAAUCUAUUAUAAAGGAUUAUCUAUACUUUAUAACCGGUUGUUGUACUAUGUUAAUUACUGGUUUGAUGCAUAUUUAAUUAGUUUAUAAUAAAA